GGUUUGCAUAAUAGCAGAGGCUGAAUACGCAUAAAGGAGACUAUAGCGCGGGUGAGAAGUGUCAAGCCCCUUGCAAGGCUUUGCUCUGUAAGAAAGAAGAAAUGAAUCCUACAAACGAUGAUCAAGUGUUUGGGACGAUUUUUGACUGGGACUAUCUCUUAUGGGAAGUUCGUUUCACAUUUUUAGCUGCUGGUUUUUUAAUCUACUUGGGAGUAUUUCUUCUGUCUCACUGGUUGUCUUCAUGGAUAAGUAGCACUUAUCGUGCCUUGUAUGCAAAGGAGAAGGUGUUUUGGAAUAUGGCGGUCACACGUGGUGUGUUUGGACUUCAGAGUUGCGUUGCUGGGUUAUGGGCUUUGCUCAUAGAUCCUGUUUUUCAUGCUGACAAAGUGUAUUCACAGCAGAAGUGGAGUUGGUUUAACUGUUUAAUAGCGGCUGGAUUUUUCUUGCUUGAAAAUGCAGCUGUUCACAUGUCCAACAUUAUUUUUAGAACAUUUGAUGUGUUCUUGGUAGUUCAUCACUUGCUUGCUUUUGGUGGCUUGGCUGGUCUAGUAAUUAAUGUGAAAUCUGGACAUUAUCUGCCUUUGAUGGGAAUGUUGCUGGAGAUGAGUACUCCCUCAACAUGCAUUUCCUGGAUGCUUCUAAAGGCUGGCUGUGCUAAUACCUUCUUCUGGAAGGCAAACCAGUGGGUGAUGAUCCACCUGUUUCACUGCCGCAUGAUUCUUACUUACCACAUGUGGUGGGUGUGCAUUUUCAAUUGGAAUUCUGUGAUGGAAAAUCUGGGACUUCUUCAUUUUAUUGUUUUAUUCUCGGGAUUAUUUGCUGUUACGCUAAUACUUAACCCAUACUGGACAUACAAAAAAACUCAGCAACUCCUCAGCCCAACUGACUGGAACUUUGAAAAUAAAGCAAUGGAAAAUGGAACAUUAAAUGGUGAAACACAUCAAAAGAAGAGCAUGUAACACUGAAACAGCUGUUUCCUAGUAAGGUAGUGGGAGAAUACAAUGCGAAGUAAUUCUUUGCCCAUGAACUAGAAACUUUUUCAAGAAGCUCAUUAACACUGAUUCCUUGCUGGUAAUAUUCUGUAUGCAUCAGAAGUAUUUAAAAGCGUUGUUUGCGUUUCAUAUGUGCAUACACAUAAGAUCUUCAACUUCUUAGUAACGAAUUACCCCAACGAUUUUGUCAGGUAGGACAGUAUUUCAUCAUUUAGUAGUGACAUGCUCUCUAAUGGUAUCCUUUGUCCUAAUGCUUCAAAGUGGCUUUACAGUUAAUUUGUCUAUUAAGCUCAGCUUGAAUCAAGUUUAGCUUGAAUCGUAUUUCUCAUGUGGUGGAGAUACUGAUACUGGAAAUUAUGUUAAGUUAUUUAUUAAGAUCAAUUACGACCCAAGUUAGGUAUGCAUGGGUACCUAGUUCCUGUGUGCCAUUAAAUCAUUCCAAGUGGCUGAAUUGGUCACGUGGCAGAAUGCAGUCAUGGCUGGGGUUUGGGUUGGUUUUUUGGUUCUUUUUUCUUUUAAGUGCACUUGAGGAAGAGGAAGAUAACUGUUUGAGUGUUCACUGUCAAAGUGAACUGUAGUUUCCAGGUUGCCCUCAGUAUGGGAGGAGUUCAUAUUCACCACAAACUUUCAUGUGGGGAUGCAGGCAUUCGUUAGACACGUGGUCUAGCUAGGUAAUCAUAGUGGUCCUUUCUGGACUUGAAAUCAAUGAAAUAUGAGAGGCAACAACAGAAUGUUUGGCUCUGUUUCAUCCUUGAAGAGAUUGCUGGUUGACUGAUAAAAUUAUUUUCUUUGUAGGUCCCACAUGAGUGGUCAUGCAAUUAGUUCCACUAGUGCUCCUGUUAUGGUUCCUCCCAUUUUUGGAAAUUCUCUUAGUUAUAGAGGGUUUUAGAAUCUGAGGUGACUCCUCUGUGGAGGAAAGCCCAUGUCACCUCCUUUAGUUCAGUUGUUCUUUUAGUAUUUUUAUUUUACUUAGAAUAACAUACAAAGUGACGCUAACAAUCGUUUGCACUUUAUCUGCCACAUCACUAAAUCUUUCCUUGACCUAAGGAAUAGGGUUGCUUUUUAGAUAGGGGCUUGGCAAAUUGUGGUGGAUGUUCUCCCACUAACAGUAUUGGUCUGACAGUUCCUGGGUGAGAUGUUGGACAGCAGAUGAAGGUAUAAAGAUCACAAUAGAAGACAGUGACGCCUAGUGGCAGGAGAGCCACAAAGAUAGUAGUUUUGGUGCACUGAACUACUGAGAUAAAAAGCCUGUCAUUUGAAACUUUGUCGUAUAUUGUGACGUGACUGCUACAAAGAUUUAUUUUCCAAAGUAGUAAGACUGGGCAAGCCCAAGCUGUGAAGAAUUUUAGGUCAAGGCAUGUGUUAGAAGCUUUGUGUACUGAUCUGUGGUUGAGCACAUUGUUUUAAAUGUGUAAGGGAAGCUCUGUUUGCUGUAAACAAGCCCAUUUUAUUAAUUUUUGGUGGGAAUGUCUUUGAUUUUGUUCUGAGCGAAGGGAGGAAGCUAGUGGUCAGGUUGCUGUGUUCCUAACUAGCUUUGUGUGAGCGCAGAGUUGAAGAGCUGCUCUAUGAGGGAGAGGAAACUUCUUACUAUGAGGUCACAAAUGUAUAGCCUGAUCUUGAUAAUGAUGAAGUGGUGAAUAUCUGAAAUUGCCCAUUCAAUACUAGGCUGAGAGGGUCAUAGUAAUUUUACACAGCAAUCCUGUCUGUUAUCCUGCUGAUAUUCAAUAGAGAAAAUCUAAAUUUUGUGCUACCUUCCUGUUUCUAAGCAGGCCAGAAUGAGGUUGCAGUGUUUUGGCAGUGUCACCUGUCUGGAUGCCAUCCUAUAGAAAAAAAAGCGUUCUCUAAAGCUUGAAAUUGCGUACCUCUCCUGAGGGGCUGUGUCGGGGAGAGUAAUGUUAAAAGUAUUUUAGAAGAAAGCAGAGGGAUGAAUUCCUCAGAAACAGAACCCAAAUAUGUGAUCCAAAUGUAUAUCAUGCAGAAUCCAAACCUCACUUGCAGGAGUUCCAGGGGGGAAGGUGGUGGAUAAGUCAAAAUGAUAUCAAA